AGGUAAGUUUUACAUCAAAGAAAGCUCUCUACUUCGCUGACAAUCAUCCAGAAGUUCAAUGGCUUCGUACACGUCGAGAACGCACAUCUUCUGGACUUUCUCUUUGACGGCUACUUCGAUGCCCUAAUCCGUCACCACGAAAUGGACAGUCUCGAUGAUUUCGACCCUGCUCUCGACGAAGCCCCGAUUCUCCGUCUCCCGAGCCCAGAAACUAAGACCAUUGCGCCCGAAGCGAAGCUCAUGUCGUCCGAGGAAAUGGAGCGCAAGAAGUCCAAGAACAAGAAGCGUAACCAACGCAAGAGAGCCGCAGAAAUGACCAAGAAGAAGGAGAACACUGCCGAUCUCUCUACAGCUGGGUCGACCCCAGAUCCCGAGGUCGACCUCUCAAGCAGUAUGGCACUUGUCAGCAUCGGUUCCCCAACUUCUACCAAGUACGAAGACAAGGGUCCUCCGAGAGUCAAGUUUGUACCCAAGUCCAAGGACAAGGAGUGGGUGGACCACACCUGUCUGAAGUCGGAGACCUGUACAAACUUCUUCACUACUCUCGCUGAAGCCAUGCUUCAAGUGCCCACGGCCAAAUUGGAGAGACGUGUUUAUGGCUCUCAGACCUGAUCGCUGUACGGAGCCUUGAUUGUUGCCCAUGGCGGUGAGAUCAGGCAAGCUGUUGAGCAUGUUAGCUAGAACUUAGAUCACAAGACACUUGCUUCAUCGCGACGAGCUCGAGCAUAGCUUUGUAGUCAUGAAUUGUAUCGAAAACAUCGUCUGCAUCCAGUCGAAUGC